GCAAGGGUUGCGUGACGUAAUGCAACCUCAGCAUGUAGGAGCGCUAUAAAGCGGGACAAGGCGGCGCGCCUCCCAGUCGCAGAGUAGCUUGUGAUUGGCUCGGGCUGCGGAACCUCGGAAACCCGAAAGCUAGGACCUUCCAGGUCCGUGGCUGCCGCCCCCCGCGGCACUUGAGAGCGCGGCCUCAGUCUGUCUGGCGGCGGGGAAGGCGGUGGCGGUGGCGGCCCGCGGCGGCGGUGACAGGUAUUUGUGAAUGAACUUUGCUAAGGAUGGAUUCAGGUGGUGGAAGUCUUGGAUUGCACACUUCAGAUGCUAGAAUGGCCCAUACCAUGAUUAUGCAGGAUUUUGUGGCUGGAAUGGCUGGUACUGCACAUAUCGAUGGAGACCAUAUUGUUGUUUCAGUUCCUGAAGCUGUAUUAGUUUCUGAUGUUGUCACAGAUGAUGGAAUAACUCUUGAUCAUGGCCUUGCAGCUGAAGUUGUCCAUGGGCCUGAUAUUAUUACAGAGACUGACGUAGUAACAGAAGGUGUGAUUGUCCCUGAAGCUGUACUUGAAGCUGAUGUUGCCAUUGAAGAAGAUUUAGAGGAAGAUGAUGGCGAUCAUAUCUUGACUUCCGAACUAAUUACAGAAACCGUUAGAGUACCAGAGCAAGUUUUUGUGGCUGAUCUUGUUAGUGGUCCUGAUGGGCAUUUGGGACAUGUGGUGCAAGAUUGUGUUUCAGGCGUUGACUCUCCCACUAUGGUAUCAGAAGAAGUUCUUGUAACCAACUCAGAUACAGAAACUGUGAUUCAAGCAGCUGGGGGUGUUCCUGGUUCUACUGUUACAAUAAAAACUGAAGAUGAUGAUGAUGAUGAUGAUGUCAAGAGCACUUCUGAAGACUACUUAAUGAUAUCUUUGGAUGAUGUGGGAGAGAAGUUAGAGCAUAUGGGGAACACACCAUUAAAAAUCGGUAGUGAUGGCUCACAAGAAGAUGUUAAAGAAGAUGGAUUUGGUUCAGAAGUGAUAAAAGUGUAUAUAUUUAAAGCAGAGGCUGAAGAUGAUGUUGAAAUAGGUGGGACAGAAAUUGUCACAGAGAGUGAAUAUACCAGUGGACAUUCUGUAGCUGGAGUGCUUGACCAGAGCCGAAUGCAGCGAGAGAAAAUGGUUUACAUGGCUGUUAAAGAUUCUUCCCAAGAAGAGGAUGAUAUCAGUCAUGCUGAUAUAUCAAAUGAAGUGUACAUGGAAAUCAUUAUAGGGGAAGAGGAAGGAACACACCUUGAGAUUCAGCUUGAGAAUUCUGAUGUUAAUAAAACAUCAUAUGAUGAAAGAAGAGUUUCCCGAAGAUAUGAAGACUGUCAAGCAACAGGAAACACUUUUGACUCAGCAUUAGAAAACAGAAGCACUACAGCAGCACAGUUCCUUCAAAUUUGUGAUAGCAUUAACACAAAUAAAGUACUUAAACAAAAAAUCAAGAAGAGGAGAAGGGGAGAAACAAGGCAGUGGCAAACAGCUGUUAUAAUAGGCCCUGAUGGACAGCCCUUGACAGUAUACCCUUGCCACAUUUGCACAAAAAAGUUUAAAUCCAGGGGAUUCUUAAAGAGACACAUGAAGAAUCAUCCCGAUCAUUUGAUGAGAAAGAAAUACCAGUGUACAGAUUGUGACUUUACAACUAACAAGAAAGUGAGUUUCCAUAACCACUUAGAAAGCCAUAAGCUCAUAAACAAAGUUGAUAAAACCCAUGAAUUUACAGAAUACACUAGAAGAUACAGAGAAGCUAGUCCACUAAGUUCAAAUAAACUCAUCUUAAGGGACAAGGAGCCGAAGAUGCACAAGUGCAAGUACUGUGAUUAUGAAACUGCCGAACAAGGACUGUUAAACAGACAUUUAUUGGCUGUUCACAGCAAGAAUUUUCCUCAUGUUUGUGUUGAGUGUGGAAAGGGUUUUCGUCAUCCUUCUGAACUCAAGAAACAUAUGAGAACCCAUACCGGUGAGAAGCCAUAUCAGUGUCAGUUUUGUGUCUUCAGGUGUGCAGAUCAAUCAAAUCUGAAAACUCACAUUAAGUCUAAGCAUGGUAGCAACUUGCCAUAUAAAUGUGAGCAUUGUCCUCAAGCAUUUGGUGAUGAGAGAGAGCUUCAACGCCAUCUGGAUUUGUUUCAAGGACAUAAAACACACCAGUGUCCUCAUUGUGAUCAUAAGAGCACCAACUCAAGUGACCUUAAGCGGCACAUCAUAUCUGUCCAUACCAAGGACUUUCCUCACAAAUGUGAAGUCUGUGAUAAAGGUUUCCAUCGUCCUUCAGAGCUUAAAAAACAUAGUGAUAUUCAUAAGGGUAGGAAGAUUCAUCAGUGUAGGCAUUGUGACUUUAAAACAUCAGAUCCUUUUAUUCUUAGUGGUCAUAUUCUUUCAGUUCAUACUAAGGAUCAGUCAUUGAAGUGUAAACGGUGCAAGAGAGGGUUCAGACAACAGAAUGAGCUCAAAAAGCACAUGAAGACACAUACCGGAAGGAAGAUUUACCAGUGUGAAUAUUGUGAAUACAGCACCACAGAUGCAUCUGGCUUUAAACGACAUGUGAUUUCAAUACAUACGAAAGACUAUCCACACAGGUGUGAAUUCUGCAAGAAGGGAUUCCGAAGACCAUCCGAAAAGAAUCAGCAUAUAAUGAGGCACCACAAGGAGACUCUUAUAUAGUAAGAUCAAUAUAAGGAAAGGAGUUAUUUACAAAAUAAGAUAAGCUAUUUGGAAGGAGAAUUUCGCUGUUUUAUCUGGUUUCAAAGCUUGAUAUAUUAAGUCAUACCUUUACAUUCUUUGUAUUAGAGAUCUUAAAAUAUUGGGAUUAGAAGGGGAAUCUCAUAGCCCUUUGAAAAUUACUUAAAGAGUUCAAGAAGCACCAUAGGAUGGUUGCAGAGGAACUUAACUCUGUAUUAACAAUAUUAUAUGCAUAACUAAACUAUAGAGGGAGAAAUGUUAAGACACCUUAUUUGAUUGGUCAUACUAGAAGUAAGUGUUUUUGAAAGGAAAAUACAUAAACGAUGUAGAAAUGCUUUGCUGUACCAAGCAGCCUCACUUUUAUGCAAUUUUCAAAAUGGGGUGGGAAAAGAAUGUGCAGUCAUCCAUCAGUCACUUAGUCAUUGAACCUUUUAUAUUGUCCUGGACAUUGGAUUCCAGAAAUGGCAAAUGUUUUAUGUAUUCGUUGCAAGGAAUCUCAUUGAGAAAACAAGUUAUAUUAAUUCAGUACUAGUAAAAAAAAAGCACUUCAGAGUUGCUGAUAUUUUAUCACGGGAUAGGAUGUUUAAGACAUAGCAUUCUGUGCUGAAAUAUGAAGUGAAAUAUAAGAAAUAAGGUUCCAGUUUUGAUGUUCAAGUAGAUUCAGUAUGGCAUAUAUGAUAAAAGUGUAUUUGAGUCAAAUGUGGCUUUCUAAACUGGAUGCAACUAUAACAUUACAAAGUCAGAACUAUGUUUCUUAUUAUCUAAAUAUUAAAUUGAGAGAACAGUUUUCUUAAAUAUUAAAGUAUUUAGAAUUUUUAGGACAGUUUUAGUAAGUAUGACUGUUUGUCUUACUUGCUCUAAUGUUUAAAGGUGCAAUUUUAUGCCAUUAUUGAAAAGUUUGAUUUUUAAAAUCUAUAUACCAUAUUUAACAUAAAUUUUCAAUGAGGUGGUAUUUAUGCAGUAUUUAACAGAAAAUAUGCUGCCAAUAGAGUUUGGAGUUGGAUAUUCAGUUUACAGUGUAUAAAUUUAAAAUAUGCAUCCCUUUAACAACGCUUUGUGUUAGCAUGCUGCAAAUCAAAAUGGCGCUUAAUAUUAAAAGCUGGUGUAGGGAAUUUUAAUGAAAAUCCUGUUCAUAAAUGUAAUGGAUAUGAUGUGUACUUUUAAGUUUUAGUUGGCUUAAUUUAGUUUAUAUUCAGCUGUUCAGCAUAAUUAAAAUGUAAUUUUUCUUCAUGGUAUAUUGUGGCUUUGUGUUUAAGUAAUAUUCACCUUUCUGUUUUUGCACCAGAUAAGAAUCAGUUACUUGAAAAUAAAUUUUUUAUCUUUCUUAACUUCAGAAUACUAAAUUUGGAAAAAUCUACUAAACUUGUGUGUUAUGUGGCUGUAAAUGAUGUACACGCUGUAAAAUAAGAUUGUUACUGUUAUGUGAACUUAUUAUUUCUAAAUGUUACUCAUUGAAAUGAGCAUACAAUAAAAAGCAUUUAUUGCACUUAAAA